AUGGAGGUCUCAAACUCACACAAUGACACUCCAGGUGUACCAGCAAAGUUAUUGUUUUCAAAAUCAAAGGUCUUUGUUAAGCCCUCUGCAAACACAAAGAUACCGGGCAUACUUGCUAUUGUAGAGAGGUCUCCUGGCGACUAUCUCCUGGCAUGGAAACCAGAAUCAAGUAUUCCUAGCGAUGAAGCUCAAAAGUUUGACGAGGCAGUGUCAGAUGAUAAACCAGCAACCGUGACCGUACCUGAACCAACUGUAAUUUCGGAACAACAAUCGCCGUAUGCGUUUUCGACGGGCUUGAAGGCGAUUAAAUCUAUUUCAGUGAAACCGCCAAGUCUAAAUCAGUGGUAUGGUAGCAUGGUGAUCAACUUUCAAUCUGGAGAGUCAUCACCGCCUCUGUGGUUUCACGAUGACGAGAGUCCAAGCACCAUAUUACAAAGGAAAGCGGGACAAGAAGAAACGUCGGAGCGGGAUAACAAUAGUACUGUUUGGGGAGGUGACGAAAUAAUCAAGAGGCUCGCCAGCCUUGUCAACGUUCAAAAGUCCAAUGAACAAGGCUAUCUCUAUAUUUUGAACAAUGACCAAAACUUGACUCUUCCAACCGCUCCAGUGAAGAAGCAGCGGCCGUUAUCAGCUUCGUUUGCUGACGCACCCAAGGUUGACAAACAGGCUGCAACAUCAUCUGGCCGAGCUCGAUCAAGUUCAUCCUCAUUCAACCAAGCUUUGUCGUAUGGUGUUUACCCUAUGCCACCGCCUAGCUUUAUGGGAGGUAUCGCUCUCCCGCCUUCAGCAAUUGGUGAAAGUGUCUUUGACCCACCUCGUAUGGAUCCUUUAGUUGCGACUUUGAAGGAGGCAAAGUGGAAUUUGUUAGAAAAGUUUUCGCAAGUUACCCGCUUCUCGCGAAAUACUGCAGGCCAGACGUUUAAUGCGCAUUCGACUGCACCAGCUCAAUUUUUAGAUCAUCCACUCACUCGACCCAUUGUUCCUCUUCUCCCACCAAGUGUGCAGUCCUUGGCCAACAAUGAAACCGUCAAAGCUACGAUGGACGACUACGAUUCUGCUAGAGUGUUUUUAGCAAAAUGGGCAGCAGGAUUAGCCAAUCAGUCAGAAAAGUCCGAGCCUUUCGAUCAGCGAUAUCGCCAUGUUGGUAUUUGGGGACACGAUGACUGGGAGGAAGAGACAGCAUUGGGUGUUUUUGAAGUAUUGAACUCCGACAGCGACAACUCCAUCCCAGUACACACCAGAACCUCACCUGUGACCCUCGAACAAUGGAAUUCCUUUUUUGAUGAGCAAGGGGUGCUAUCUGUUGGUCAGCCCUACGUUCGAGAAGCAGUCUUUAGAGGUUGUCUUGCUGCAGAUGCUCGCAAAGAUGCAUGGCUAUUCCUGACAGGCGUGUUUCCAUGGGACAGUUCCGAAGAACAAAGAGAGUUGAUUAAGAAGGAGAGAAGGGAUGCCUAUCAAUCAUUGAAGAAGCAGUGGCAGGAUGUCCCCGAAGUCACUGGAAGCGAAGAGUUCUGCGAACAAAAGCACCGUAUAGACAAGGAUGUUCAUCGUACAGAUAGAUCAGUCAGUCUUUUUGCCAACGAGAACCUGCCAAACCCAGGCUCCAGCAUGUAUACCAGCACCAAUCAUCAUAUGGAGGUUGUGAAAGAUAUUCUCUGUACCUACAAUGUUUACAACAAAGAGCUCGGUUACGUACAAGGCAUGUCUGAUUUACUGACCCCAGUAUAUGCGGUUGUGAUUGAAGAAGAGUUGGCCUUUUGGGCGUUUGUGGGGUUCAUGGACCGCAUGCAGGCCAACUUCUAUAGAGACCAGUCGGGAAUGCACCGGCAGCUUCUUACAAUGGAUAUGAUGCUUCAGUUCAUGGACCCAAGUCUGUACAAGCACUUGGAAAACACCGAAAGUUUCAAUCUUUUCUUCUGUUUCCGAUGGCUCUUGGUCUGGUUUAAGAGAGAGUUUUCAUGGGAAGACGUACUCUCGUUGUGGGAUGUCCUCUUUACAGACCAUCUGUCCACUCAAUUCCAUUUGUUUGUGGCACUUGCCAUUCUCGACCAGCAUCGCAACGUGAUUAUGGAUCAUUUGAAGCACUUUGAUGAAAUCUUAAAGUAUAUAAAUGAUCUCGCAUUGACCAUCGAUCUGGAUGAAACGUUACAGCGAGCCGAAAUUUUGUUUCAUCAGUUCCAGCAGAGAAUGGAAGCAGUUGAUAAAAAGCGAUCGGAUCUCAAGAAAGACAUCAAGGAGCACCCGGGCUGGAGCGAUGCCGAAAGAAGAAUGAAUACCAAGAGUGAGAUGGACAAGCUACCUCAUAUCAACGCAUUACUUCGUAGUCUAUUGGACAACAGCACAUCAUCAAACAGCGAGAACACACCAUCUACUCGAUCUAGAGCGAACAGUAUGUUAUCGGAUGAUGCAAAAUCUAGAGACGACGAUAGUUUUGUGCACCUUGAAAAAUCUUCGCCUCAGUGA